UGGAACAUGGCGUCUGUUCGUCCAAAGCGAAGGCGCCAGAUUCAAAAGUGGCGACAUGUCACGCAGCGGAGUGGAAACUGCAGCCCACAGCCCGCUCCUCUCCUCCAGUUUCUGUUUUAGCCCACGGUCAUGCGUUUGUGCGAAGGGCUGGUCGACAGCCAUGUGGAAUGGCCUCCCCGAGCCGCUUCUGGCUGCUGCUGCUGGAUGCUCUACACCUGAGCCUUGGCUCCUACCUGGCUGCAGCUCUGUUUUUGACAGCCUUGUCAGUAAUGUUUCUCCGAUCCCGAUGUCACCAACAGCAAUCGGCCCGCGAGGAGGGGAGAGAUCUGCCACCAACAAACCACGCAGGACAUCCAUCUUGGAGCGUUGCAUCCUUAAAGUGUCGACCAGCAGCGUCGCUGUGGGAACCGAAGAUCUGGACAAGAGGGCUUCGCUCGCUCGCUGCUUCCCUCGCAUCCCAGACCCGAACAACACUGAGACAAACGCUGCGGUUCUCAAGCGCAGACAGAAGCAGAUCCUGUACGGCAAGACUACGAGCGGCUACCAGAACUACCUGCAACAAGUCCCAAAACACUUGAGAGACCCAAAGCUCCACCCGUCCACCCCCAACAAGUACAGGAAGUACAGCAGGCGCUCCUGGGACAUGCAAGUCCGUCUGUGGCGACGAGCGCUGCACCAGUGGGACCCGCCGAGCGACGCCCCCGACCUCGCUCUCGACCCCGUGGAGCAACUGCAGAACCAGCUGGCAAAGAUGACCUCUGACUUGUGUGACGAUGGAGGAGCGAAGCAGAGAGAGAAGGAGACCCUGGCGGCCCCGAAGGCCUCCUCUGUGUCCCCCCUGUCGGCCGACAUGUCGCCGGAGCUACCUGACGCCUGGAACGUUCCACUGUCACCGGAGCCCGAGAGGAGCCGCCGACCACCUCGGGCCCCUCCUGGCCUCAGCUGCUCAUUCAGGAUUCAGCUGACCAACAACAACAUGGCCGACUGGCUCCACCUCCAGCUGGAGGACGAGCAUACAGGGGAUUUCGGUGCCGAUGACCAACAGGUCCCAAUGGUUUCGGACCAGUACUUAUGGAAUCCCUACUGAUCGACCCUCGCUGCAACUAGCCUGGUUCAGUCAUCACUGAGCAAUGUCAUCAUCAAGAUGCUGGAUUACGUCGU